CGGUCCACGGUGCUUGGCUACCUGAGCGUAUGGAAGGGCUAGCCGAGCAGGUAGCGUAAGGAGCUCCUGGUGUAGCCGUCAAGACGGGGGCUGUCAGCCGGAGCUGGAAGAUUAGCACCGUGGCUCACUGGGUGACUGACAUUAUAGCCUGAAGGAGAGACCCUCAUACACACACAGGCUGCCUGGAAACAAGUUACAUACAGCGUUACAUGUCGACAGCAGUAACAUCAUUGGCUUAGCAUGAGAGAGCGUCUCUAAGUGAGGGAGCCGGGGAAGGAAUGAGGGAGGUCCUGAAGCAAUAUAUCAUCAAACCAGCUGUAGUCAGCUGACUGCCUCUGUGUUGUGAACAGGUUGAUGCUGCUUCGAGGAGGAGAGGGAGGGAGAGCAAGAGAGAGGGAGCAGAAGGGGAGGGGCAGCAGUAGCAUCUGAACUGAAUGUAUAGUACAGCAACCGCUCCUGUCAUGUGAGCAAUACCAAAGGGAGCGAGAGUGAGGCAGGGACAGAGAGUGGAGGCAGCAGUUCAGUCAUUGAGUGGUGUAACCUGGCUGCUACAGUCAGAUGGAGGGAGCAACAGAGAGAUGGAGAACUCCCAGAGCUGUGGAAGGCAGCAGGCUUCCUCUUCUCCUGACCCCUACACCUCGCCCAGGACAGACUGGCUCACGCAGGUGGCAUCGCUAAUGUGACAGUCCUGCCACUGCCGACGUGGGCUCCUUUUUCCUCUUUCUCUCGAUGCCGCCGCUAUGAUGGAUUUGCGCUUCGACUCGAGCCCUGGCGUCGGCGUUCCAGACGAACACUUCUUUCUCCAGUGGCGAUCUGUUCUCUCUUCUUUUUUAUGAUGCGUGUUAUUUUCUCUGCUUGCUAGCCUUUUCCCUAUUCUUCUUCUCUCCCAUCGUUGCCGCCUCUCACUGCUCUCGCUUUCUCUGCUGCUGUAACGGCAGCCUUUUUCACUGGAGACCACUGAUCUGGCCUACUCCCAGGAUGCGUACCUCCGAGGCCGUAGUGCCUACAGUGGAAUUGCCCGUCACAUCCCCGAACCGCCCCCCAUAUGUUACCCCAGAGUAGACUGUAAGCCCCCGGGGAUGGCCCAGGUUACAGAGACCCCCUCUCUGGUGGGGGUACAGGGAGCAUGCCGGGGGCCUGUGGCGGCAUCACCACCCGACCUGGGGUACCGCAUAGAGAUCCCCGUGCCCCCGUCCCCUCCUCCUCCUGCACACCCGUACUCCAAAUCCCAGACUGUGGCAUGCAUGCGCAACAACAGCGUGAGGACUGUGGUAGUUCCUCCAGAACUGGGCCGUAUGGGACCAGCUCAUAGAGUAGAGUACGGCCUGGUAGGGCCCUCUGACCCUGGCAUCAUCAGAGGGCGACCUGGGUCUGUGUCCCACUACCCCCUGCCACGGAAAACAGACAUCUACCCCUCUGGUGCGAGCCGCCUCAAUUAUGGCGCCCCACCACCCCACUACCCACCCAACUCAAACUCCCCCAACCCCGGCUCUCACCAAAACAUCGACUGGCGGACGUACCAGACGUACAGGGAGUACAUCGACAACAAGGGUAUCCAUGCAUACGGCAGCCGUACCAUCCAGGAGAGACUAGACAGCCUGCGAGCCGCCAGUCAGAACACCUUCAACUCCUCCCACUACAUCCCCCGAGGGGGUUGGGGGCCCGACCCCAAGGGCCUCCGACGCAGGAGCACCUCCCACGACCGCGCCUACCACGGACCCCCGCCCCCUUUCCACCACAUGCCCCCUCGCAGCUCUUCCCAGGACCGUAUGAGUGUGGCCGAGCGGGGGGUCCACCCCAGGAACUGGCCCCCUCGUAGCGUGUCCCAGGAUGAGUUUACCCACAAGGCCCGGGCCCGCUCCUCUGACUAUGUGGACCCUGCCGAUCUGGGCCGUCCCAUGGUGGACAGACGGGGCUACGGUUGCAGGGUGGACCAGGGUACAUGUCCAAGCAGGCAGAGCCUCUCCAAACAGGCUGCCCAUCAUCGACCUCCUGCAGGAUACGGUAGGGACAGUCUCCGGGUGGGGCCAAUGUCUAACCCUGCCCUCCACACUAAUGGACCAGAGCAGCACCAGCCUCACAGUGCCCCUAACAUGCCCCAAGACAGACCCUCUCAUCUGGGGAAGAAUCUCAGCUUGGAGCAAUCCAACACUGAUGAAAGAGCUGGUGUCAAAGGUGUGAACCAUGUGAGCCAGAGUAGGGGACCGGCAGAGACCAUGCAGCCACCAGGGGAGGUGCCAUGGAGACCGGUGGCAGCGGUGGUUGGCCAUAGGUCCUCUUCCCUCUCGACUCCCCAUCAGAGACCGCAGAGGCCUGGGAUUUUCAAAACCUCUUGCCAGCACCCUCGCCCAGAGCCCCAAGUGAACGGGCGUGGCCCCUCAGCCUCUGAGUCGGGCGUGGUGCUCAGGGAGAAGCCUCCUGGGUCGGGGAAGAAUCCCAGUCCCCUACGCCACCCUUCCUACAUCCUGGCGGUGAACGAGGACGACGGCUCGGAACCGGCAGCGGGUGCGGUGUGCUGGCUGCCCAACGAUGCACGGCGGGAGAUGCACAUGCGGCGGCUGAGCGAGAAGCAGGAAAAGCACCAGACCUGCUCCUCCAACCUGGACGAGUCCCUCGACUCCAUCCCCUUCAUCGAUGAGCCGGCUAGCCCUAGUGUUGACCAUGAGGCCACGUCCAUUCCUGCUUCCGCCGUGAUAUCUGUCGCUCCAGCCAUAACUACAGUCCCCCCUAGCCCAAGCUCCUCCCCGUACCCUCUCAUGCGCCGACAGCUGUCACAUGACCAAGAGUCUCUCAGAAAUGCUAUUCUAGAGUCUGAUGCCGAGACCAAACAAGAGCGGUCCAAAUCCUGCGACGAGGGUCUGGAUAACUACAGAGAGGAAGGCAGAGGCCGGUCAAACAGUAAACACAUGCCCAGUCUGAGAGGCCUGAGGAAGGCUCUGGAUGGACACAAGUCAUCUGAUGACUCUGGGUCCAGAAGGGACUCCUCUUCAGAUGUAUUCAGUGACUCUUCUAAAGAAGGCUGGCUCAACUUCAGGCAGAUCAACACUGAGAAGAGCAAGCGUGGGGGUUCGAGGUCGUGGAAGCAGAUGUACGCCGUGCUGCGAGGCCACGGCCUCACGCUUUACAAGGACAAGAAGGACGGCGUCUCCCACGCCUCCUCCCACUCCCAGUCCGACGACGACCCACAGCCAAUCAGUGUCAAGGCCUGCCUGAUUGACAUCUCCUACAGCGACACGAAACGGAAGAACGUGCUGCGUCUGACCACGUCAGACUGCGAGUAUCUGUUCCAGGCUGAGGGCAGGGAUGACAUGCUGUCAUGGAUCCGAGUCAUCCAGGAGAAUAGUAAUCUGGAUGAUGAGAAUGCUGGUAUAACCAGCCAGGACCUGAUCAGCAGAAAGAUCAGAGAGUACAACACCAUGAUGAGUGCCCCCAGCAGCAAGACUGAGCCCUCCCCCAAAACCUCCCGGCAGUCCCUCAGUAUCAGACACACCCUCCUGGGGGUGAGGGGAGAGGGCAAGGGCCAGAGCCCCCACUCACCCAAAACAGGAGAGAGAGAUGAAUCCAGUCCUCCACGGGAUAAGGCUGCCUGGAGGAGGGGCAUCCCCGGCAUCAUGAGGAAACCCUUUGAGAAGAAGAGCACUGCUGGGGUAACUUUUGGGGUGCGCCUCGAUGACUGCCCACCUGCACAGACCAACAGGUUUGUUCCCCUCAUCGUGGAUGUGUGCUGUAAGCUGGUAGAGGAACGAGGGCUAGAGUACACUGGGAUCUACAGAGUACCGGGAAACAACGCUGCCAUCUCCAGCAUGCAGGAGGAGCUGGACAGUAAAGGACUGAUGAGUGACAUCGACAUCCAAGAAGACAAAUGGAAGGACCUCAACGUGAUCAGUAGUUUACUGAAAUCCUUCUUCCGGAAACUUCCAGAGCCCCUUUUCACAAAUGAAAAAUAUGCAGAUUUUAUUGAAGCCAAUCGAACAGAAGACUCAGUGGAGAGGUUAAAAGAACUCAAGAGGCUGAUUCUUGAAUUGCCUGAUCAUCACUAUGAAACCCUCAAAUUUCUCUCUGGACACCUCAAGUUGGUCUCUGAAAACUGUGAGAAAAAUAAGAUGGAGCCUCGUAACCUGGCCAUCGUGUUUGGUCCAACCCUGGUCAGAACCUCUGAGGACAACAUGACCAACAUGGUCAACCACAUGCCAGACCAGUGCAAGAUAGUGGAGAACCUCAUUCAGCAGUACGACUGGUUCUUCACUGAGGAGGGGGACGAUGACCCUGUUACCUCAUUGGAACAAGAGAGUACAGUGCAGUCUCAGCCUGUGCCCAACAUCGACCACCUGCUGUCCAACAUCGGCCGGACCACAACCACCUCCUCGCCUGGGGAAGUCUCAGAUUCAACGUGUAGUGACUCCUCCAAAUCAAAGCAGGGCUUGUGGGGGUCUGGGAAGGACCAGUGUAGCAGGGAGAUGCUGCUCUCCUCUUUCUUUGUCAGCCGCAAGCGUAAGAAGCCCAAGGACAAGACUCAGCCCAGCAGCUCUGACGACGACCUGGAUGCCGUGUUCGAUAAGAAGGAGGAGCCAGAGCCGAGCCUCCAGGCCCUCCACCCUGCCUGGUCCCCAGAGAGCCAGACAGAGGAGGAGGAGGAGAGGGAUGUCGAGGACGUCAGCGAAAGAGGGGUACAGCCAGGGGACAGGUUCCAAACCAACGGGAAAGAGUACCGUUCAGACAGCCUCAUGUCUCAGCCCUCUCCCAAACACACCCCCAGCUUCCGUACCUCCUCCACCUGCUCCCCCUAUGCGUCACCCUCCCCCUCCCGGUCCCCCAGACUUGGCUACCGCAGCCAGGUGGCACACCAGUCGUCCCUGUCGGACCCUCCCUCCAACUACGACGAGGUCUCAGACCUAGGUACCAUGGACAGCACCAGCUCCCAGGCAUCUGUCACAGGUCCCAGGGUGAGGCAUGGCAGGACGGGGGGCUUGGGGCCAGAGACUGGGGCCAGCAGCCUAGGGGCAGAGGUCAGCUCCAUCACCUCAGACUACUCCACCACCUCCUCCAUGACCUUCCUGACAGGGGCCGAGCUGAGCACGCUCAGUCCAGAGGUGUGCUCGGUGGCCGAGAGCAGGGGAGGAGACGACGCUGAUGAUGAGCGUAGUGAGCUGAUUAGUGAGGGCCGGCCCAUAGAGACGGAUAGUGAGAGUGACCUAUCAGUGUUUGUUGGGGGUGGGAAAGAAGCAGGGCCGGUGGAGAAGAUCUACCUAUCAGAUGUGCCGGAUGCCCCCAGGCCCCUCCCCUCCCACAGACUCAUUGAAUGUGACACUCUCUCCCGGAAGAAGUCAGCAGCGCGGCAGAAGACUGACAGUGAGUCCUCAUUGGACGGAGGGCGGAGCGACAAGGACUCCACUAGGCUGUCUUGCGUUCCGGGGGCAGUUAAGGUACGUUCCACUGACAGCCUUAGCAGCUCCUCCCGCAGCGAGUCAGAGGUGGGGGCUGAGCCUGCGUGGCGUCUCAAGAUCACAGACCGGCUGAAGUUCCGCCUGCGGACGUCGGUAGACGACAUGUUCGGGGUGGGUACCCAGCGGAGCCGCUCUCCAGAGGGACGCAGGGAAAAGAAGAAGAACAUCAGACGCAGACACACCAUGGGAGGCCAGAGGGACUUUGCUGAACUGUCUGUGAUGGGCAACUGGCAGGAGGGCGGGAUGGGCGGGGGCUCGCGGGCAGAGCUGUCGGCCGUGGACCGGCUGAAGCCAAAGUGUUCUUCCCAGGACUUCUCCAUCCGGGAGUGGAUUGCCCGCGAGCGCCACCGCACCUCCAACCCCGAGGUCAGCCUGGACUUCACUGAACACCAGGGUGCGCCGCUCCUCUUCCGCAGCCCUGACCCCAACCAGGCCCAGGAGGCCCCGUCGUCGUCCCUCUCAGAACCCUUCUCACCACGCCCGGCUCCAGCUGAGCUGCUGAACGGAGACGCAGGCCCCCAGAAUAAAAGCCUGAGCCUGUCGGCCACCGCACACCCACACAAACUCUCUGGCGCCCAGGUGGUCCACUCUCGCUUCUACCAGUACCUGUGAGAGGGGGUGUCGUCUGUCUGUGAGAUGUGUAUGUGUUUGAUCGUCUGUGUCUGAGACCCAUGGAUGUGGGUGAUUUUAUUUUGUAAUUGACCGGUGAGCAUGUUCAGGUACUGUGAAGUGACUUCUGAGUGUGUGUACGAAGAGUCUGUUGGGUCGUGUGUAUGUUUGUACGCUUAGAAUGUUUACUUCACAGGGGUGGUUUGUGUUACUUAACACAAGGCAUGGAACAAAACAUUCAAUUGAUAUUGGUAUAUUUUCUCCAUUUUCAUGACAUAUGAAAGAGUUUGGGAUGGGCGUUGGGGUAGAGAAAUCGUCACUCCUAACAGAAAAUGGAGAAUGAGGAGUCUGAAGUUUGAUAGGUGUAAGGAAGUUUAAACAUGGCUGGCGUUAAAGAUUGUGUAAAGGUUAGCUAAGUGGCUUUAAGAUACAGUAACUGACUAGUAGGAUGAUUAGGAGGUACAGGGAACGUUUGUAAAAGUAUUGCAGUGGAGCUGUGUUUGUUGUAAGAGGGUCUCAGUUGGUUAAAGGUGAGUCCUUCAGUAACCAAAUGAAGAAUGUACAAUGUGCUUGCUGUAAUACUGACUGAAGCUUUAGUUGCUUGUGUUCACAUUUGAAAUUGUACAUAUCCCCCCUUCCUCUCUCUUUCUGUCUACUUGAAGGGAGCUUUUAUUUUCAGGGUAGCCUGUGUUGUGGACUGCCAUAUGUGCUCUGUUGCCGCCGUCAAGUGGCCUCAAGGUGCAUUGUGACAAGAAGACACUGGACUAACGACGUCAUGAAAAUACGAGAAUGACUUUUUAUUCCAGCCUUCUUUUAAGUGAUAGACAAGGAGCCGUAAACAAGUACUUCCCUCUAUUGCAAUAUGCCGUGUAUUUGUUGAUGUGCUUGUGGUUUCAUGCUUCAGUCAGUUACUGGCAUCGGACUGCUGCAAAAUUAUAGAGGGAGAAGAAAUUGAAUAAUCAAAUCUGAAUUCAUGUUUCUUCGCAAUAGAAAGUGCCUCAAUGAACUGUAAAGGGUGCCAUAUCGUCUUUGUUGAGAUGCAUAAAGAUGUUACUAUGAAUGCCAUUUUUAUUGUUGACUAACACUGUCGUUCUACAGGUUCUAUCUUACACGGAGAAGAACGCUGGGCUUCCAUUCCUUAGGCAUUCCACUCUGGUCUUAGCAUGUUUUAUACUUUUCUUUUUGGGGAUUUUAACAGAACUUGAAUUUUAAAUAUUUCAGUAAAAAAAAAGAGUAACUUAAAUGUGUAUAUAAAUCCCAUGUUUUAGCUGCUUUUUUGUUUAAUUUCCAUCAAAUAUAAUUUUUUUUGUAAGGUAAAAAGUACAGUAUUGUGAGAUGUUGCUGAUUGGAGCCUGAUGGUAUGUGUGGGUGUUAAGUCUAGUGGUUAUCUAGGGAGAGAUGAGAGAUUCCUCCCUGCAUAUGAAGAGGCUUCAUUGAACUGCUGGACCAUUUGUAUCAAUAUACCCUGUUCACUCUGACGGGCCACGAGCUCCUAAAACACUGGAAAUAAAUCUUAUCAAUGGCUAAAA